AUGAAAAGGUAUCCUAACCUGUCCUUACGUCGUCCAGAAGCAACCAGCUUAUCGCGUGCCACAAGUUUCAACAAGAAAAAUGUAAAAGACUUCUUUGAUAACCUGGAGAAAGAAAUGAAGGAACAUAAUUUCAGUCCAACUGACAUAUACAAUUCAGAUGAAACUGGGUGCACAACCGUUCAGAAAGUUGGAAACACUAAAGUAGUUGCUUGUACAAGUGAAAAACAAGUUGGCAAAAUCACUUCGGGAGAAAGAGGAACAUUAGUAACAAUGCUUGGCACAAUAAAUGCUGCUGGGAAUUCAGUACCGCCAUUCUUGGUAUUUCCUCGUGUGCAUUUCAAACAAUCCAUGCUAUAUGGAGCUCCGCCUGGAACUGUUGGUGUAGCAAAUCCAUCAGGAUGGAUGACCUCAGAGAACUUUACUGUAUAUAUGCAACACUUUAUUAAGGCAACCAAAUGCUCGAAAGAGCGUCCUGUUCUGUUGAUAUUAGAUAAUCAUGAAUCUCAUAUAUCAAUUGAAACAAUUUUCCUUGCCAAGGAUAAUGGUGUUACUAUGUUAACACUUCCGCCUCACUGUAGUCACAAAAUGCAGCCCCUAGACCGUUCUGUGUAUGGUCCUUUCAAGAGCCUCUACACCAAGGCAGCAAAUGAUUUUAUGAUAAGUCACCCUGGCCAGCCAAUCACAAUUCAUAAUGUAAGUCAGAUUAUCGGCAAAGCUUACCCACUGGCAUUUACUCCAAGGAAUAUCAAUUCCGGAUUCAAAAUAUCUGGUAUCCAUCCUUUUGACGCCAACAUCUUCAGUGAUGAAGAUUUCAUGUGCUCAUACGUAACAGAUAGGCCAAUAACUGAAAACGUCACACAUGUUGCUGUCAAUGGAUAGACAGUUCCUUUACUUACGAUGUUUUAGUGGCAAUUUUACUCAUGUGAAUUUAGAAGACACCUAGUCACACAUGUUGUUGUCAUUGGUUAGAUAAUUUUGUGGUCUAAAUUACUGCAUUUAGACUGAAUUUGGUUUUUCUUAAUUAUUGAAUAAAUAAUUCUGUUUGCAAAA